AUGCUGCUUGUAUUUAAUACAAUAAUUUUUUUAAAACAUGAUGCCUUCACUUAUUUAACUUUUUGCAGCACAUGUGAAAACAAUGGAACAGUAUCUUGUAAAAAGGAAGAUGUCUGUUGCUUAUUCCAGCACUGGACAGAAUGGAGUGAAUGUAGUACUGAUUGUGGUGAAGGGCAUACAAUGAGAUUUAGGAAAGUAGACAAGGAACUCUCUUAUAAUUGUUCUUCACCAGAUAAAAGAGAAAUAAGAAAGUGCAAUGCUACUACUUGUGGACUCAACUGUACAAUCAAUGAUGUCAUUUACAAAGUAAAUGAUAAAAUCAACUCUACAGAGUGUCAAGAAUGCUAUUGCAUGGAGAAUGGAGAACAUUGUGUUAAUAAUACAGCAGCUGUAGUGGAUGGAAGCUGGACAUUGUGGACUCAAUGGUCAAAGUGCAAUUCAAACUGUAAAGGAGGAUUCAGACAACGAAACAGAACCUGUUCCAACCCACUGCCAAAGUGUAAUGGUAAAAAAUGCUCAGGCAAGAAUAUACAAAAAGAGACAUGCAAUACAGAUAUACCUUGUUGUGAGAUGACUCAAUGGAUUAAGUGGUCUGAGUGCUCACAAAAAUGUGGGAAUGGUAACAAAAAUCGAACAAGAGAGCUAAAGGUCAAAGAAGAUGCUAAUUAUUGCAAUGUUGAGAUGAUACAAUUAUUAGAAUGUAAUACUGAUAUUUGUGAAACAAAAUGCAAUGUAACAGAAUGGACAUUAUGGUCACCUUGUUCUGUAAGCUGUGGAGUUGGAGCUAUGGUUCGAGAAAGAAAGAUUUUAGCCAAAAGUGAAAAGAAUGAUUGUCCUAAAAUUCUCAGAGAAGAGGAGAAGUGCAUUGGCAAAAAGUGUAAAUGUGAAGAAAAUGAAAUUUGGAUGGAAGAAGGCUGUGAGAAAAGUUGCAACGAUUCUAAACAGUGUAAAGUGGCUGCUUGCUUAUGCAAAGAGGGAUUUAAACGUUCCAUUAAUAAUAGUUGUAUCACUCAAAAGACUUGUGAUUCAUGCAUUAUUAAUGGCGCUGAAAAAAUGCCUGGAAGUAUUUGGAGGAAUGAAGCAGAUGAAUGUGAAAAAUGUGAAUGUGUUGGUGGCCAAGCAGUUUGUUCUCGAAUUUGUGCCAUAGAAAAAUGUGAACAGGAUGAAGAGCUUUCUUAUGAUGUCCCAAACAAAUGCUGUCCAAUAUGUGUAAAGAAAAGUACUUGUGCCUUAAAAAUGGCAACAGAUUAUCUGAUUGAUUCUCUCACUGGAUGCAGAUCAGUUAAUAAGGUUAAAUACUUUUAUUGUGAAGGCAGCUGUGGUUCUAGUUCAGAAAAACCAGUUCUUAUGAAUCUGAAAAACAGUGCAAGCAGCCAACAGAACUGUAUUUGUUGCCAAGGAAUAACAUCACUUGCAAAAUCUGUUGAUGUUGUUUGUGAAUCUAAGAAAAUUAGGAAAACCAGUUAUUAUGACAUGAAAAGUUGUGGUUGUAAAGACUGCUCAAAUAGUUAA